AUGGCUGAGCUGCUCUUGAGCGCUUUCCUUCAAGUGUUGUUCGACAGAUUGGCCUCUCGCGAGCUCCUCAACUUUGCGCGGCGGAAGAAGCUCCAUUCCCUGCUUAAAAGGUGGGAGACGACCCUGAAGGAUAUUCACAUCGUCCUGGAAGAUGUCGAAGACCAAGCAAUGGCCAGAGAGAGCCGGGUGACUCCUUGGCUAGAUGACCUGAGGGACUUGGCUUAUGACGUGGAGAACUUGCUCGAUGAAUUCGCCACUGAGGAGGCGCUGCGCGCCCUCUCCAUGCCGUCCAACAAGGCCAGUGCUUCUUCAACUUCGAGCAAGGUGCGGGAUGCUAUCAUCCAUAGCUACUCCGCUUCUUUUUUGAGCCCCCGAAGGUUCACAUUUGACCGGCAGAUGAGAUCCAAGGUUGAAGAGAUUGAUAAAAGAUUGGCUGAAAUCAUGUCUCGGAAGAAAACACUUGGCUUAAGGGAGGGUGGUGGAAGCAGGAUUUAUGGAAAUGGAACUUGCGGCAAGAGAAGAUUGCCCAGCACUUCUUUGGUGGAGGCCUUCAUUGUCGGGAGGGAAGAUGACAGAAAGGCCAUCCUGAACUUGGUAAUGGCUGAAACCGAGGAUCUCUCGGUGAUACCCAUCAUCGGGAUGGGAGGGUCGGUGGGCGGGGCUCAUGCUCAUGAGGGAAAGGACUUGAAUGCCCUCCAAGUUGAACUCCAGAGAAGCCUUGCUGGAAAGAAAUUCCUCAUUGUUCUGGACGACUUGUGGAAUGAGAAGUACGACAGAUGGACUCUCCUUCGAAGGCCAUUUGAAUCCUGUGGAGCAAAAGGCAGUAAGAUCAUUGUGACGACUCGAAGCAAGUCUAUUGCAUCUACAGUGAAGACUGGGACUGGCAUAAUAUACCCGUUGAGUACGCUAUGCAGGGACGAUUGUCUGGCUUUACUCGCUUACCAUGCUCUUGGUGUGGAUAACUUCGAUAAUCACCCUCAUCUCAAGCCCGAGGGUGAGAAGAUGGUUGAAAAGUGUGGAGGCUUGCCUCUUGCAGCGAAGACUUUAGGGGGUCUGUUACGCUCCAAUUACAACCUCAACGAGUGGAUAGCCAUAGCAGACAGUAAGAUAUGGGAUCUCCCAGAAGACAUUAAUGGUGUUCCCCAGGCUCUGAACCUCAGCUACAUUUAUCUUCCCCCAGACUUGAAGCGGUGCUUUGUGUACUGUGCAGUAUUCCCCAAGAAUCAUGAAUUCGACAGGGAUGAUUUGAUCUCACUUUGGAUGGCCGAGGGUCUUCUGGGGAGGCCACAACCAGAGGGGAGCAUGCGAGGCCUAAAAUGCUUCCAUGAACUAUUGAAUAGAUCAUUCUUUCAGCCAUCCAGCAGGGGAAUAUCGUUAUUUGUGAUGCAUGAUCUCUUGAAUGACCUGGCAGCAUCGAUUGCGAGUGAGUCCUGCUUAAGUUUAGGGGAAGGUCAGCUGUACUCUUGCAAGCAGAAGAUAUGCCUUGAAAAGGUACGGCACUUGUCACUUAUCCCCCACUUUUACGAGGUAUCAGCAAGGUUUGAAGGGUUUUGUUCCUUAAGGAGAUUGAGAACCUUCCUAGCACUGGAGUCUAAUCCAUAUAAUUAUAUGGCGGAGAAUGUUAUAGAUGAUGUGCUUCGAAACCAAAAGCAUUUGAGGGUCCUUUCUUUAUGCGGUUACCAAAUCAGGGAAGUACCGAAUUGCAUUGGGAGUUUGAGGCAUUUACGUUAUCUUAAUCUUUUGAAAAGUCAUAUAGAAUGCCUUCCUAGUUCGUUGUCUACUCUAUACAACCUAGAGACCUUGAUACUGAGAGAGUGUUAUAACUUGGUGGAAUUGCCGGGUUGGAUCAACAAGUUAAUUAACCUGAGGUGUGUUGAUAUCCUCAAAACUCGCUUUAGGAAGAUGCCGGCAGGCAUAGGCGACUUGUGUAAGCUGGAGAUACUCCCAAUAUUCGUUGUUGGAGACAGUGGAGCGAGGCUUAAAGAACUGAAGGACCUACAGUGUCUUCGAGGGGAGCUUACCAUCCACAGUCUUUGUGAUCUCGCAAAUGUUGAAGAUGCAAGGGAUGCUGCUUUGAAUGCUAAGCCUGGGCUGACAUCUUUGAUUUUGAGGUGGAACCAGGCUAAAGGCCCAGCUAGUGCGAGAGAUGUGGCAAGUCAAAUGCAGGUCCUCGACUGGCUUCAACCUCAAACUAAGAUAAAGAAUAUCGAAAUUGAAGGUUAUGGAGGUACAAAGUUCCCGUUUUGGAUCGGAGAUCCCUCAUUUGUUAAGUUAGAGCGCGUGACAUUGCGUGAUUGCCUACAGGCUGAGACAUUACCGUCACUUGGGUGGCUGCCUUUGCUUAAGGAAGUGAAAGUUAAAGGUAUGAGUGCAGUAUGCAUCGUGGGACCUGAAUUUUAUGGAAAUAUAGCGAGGCCCUUUCCAUCUCUAGAGACUCUGGCUUUUGUUGAUAUGUUUGCAUGGGAGAGAUGGUCUUUCUUAACGGGCAGUGAGCAUGAAAACAAUUCAUUUCCGCAACUUCAUGAGCUGAGGCUGCAAAAUUGUCCAAAGUUGAUCGGGAGGUGGCCCAGUCAGUUUCCUGCACUCAUGAAAAUUAAAAUUCAAAGGUGUCCACUGCUGGAAACUCCUGUCAAUCUGCCAUCUCUGGAAGAGGGUUGGUUUGGAUAUUGUGAUGGAAGAGUACUGAGAGGUGUGAUUAGCAUAUGCCCUUUAACGUGUCUUACCAUGGUUAAGAUCGUGAGAAUUUCCGAGCUAACCUUCUUGCAAGGAGGUUCCCUAUGUUCCUUGACAUCACUUCAAGACUUGCACAUAGAGAAGUGCCAUGAAUUGAUGUGUUUGUGGGAGGACAAAGAGGGAUGUGCAGCAGGUAUUGGUUCCAGUCAUGCUUUGAAGCGUCUGACAGUGAAAGAUUGUCAUCGACUUGCAAAGAUUGGGAGAUUUCCAAGUAACCUUGAAUAUUUGUGCCUGGCAUUUUGUGACAAUCUAGAAGAGCUACCAAACAAUAUGCAAGGCUAUGGGACUUCUCUGAAAGAGUUGAGGAUUUUGUGGUGCUCGAAGAUCAUGUCCUUGCCAAAGGGUAUGAUGAUGUGCAAUCUUACUGAGUUGGAGAUCAGGCACUGUCCGUCACUCAGAUCAUUUUCAGGGGCCAAACUGCCAUGCACUUUGAGAAGUCUAAAGGUGCGGGAUUGCGAGAAAUUGCAGUCCUUGCCAAAGGGGAUUGCAACGGCCCCCAACCGUGAUAAUGACUCAAGCAGCAGCAGUAAUGGCUGUUGGAACGGAGUUAACAGCAGGGCAAUGUGGUCUCAGCCAACUCAGCUUCAAGAACUAGUAAUUGCAUGGUGUCCUUCUCUCUUGCCUUUAUUCGAUGGCAAUGUGAAGUUUGUGCCGAGCCUCAAGAAACUUUAUAUCGAGAGAAGCGAGAUACUGGGGUCGUCUCUGGAAGGGAUAGCAGUGUGCCAUGAGCCAGAUAGCAGUCUGUCAAUUGAGGAAAUCCGGAUCACAGACUGCAAGAUGAUCAAGAGGUUAAGCCAAAACCUGCACAGGUUUGCCCAUCUCACUGAGUUGCAUCUAAGGAACUGUCCCGCUCUAGAGUUGGAGUGCUUCCCGCACAUUCCAGACAGCCUGCGUCGCCUUUCGCUUGACAGAUGUCCCGGAAUCAAGUCUCUCCGGCAUCAGAUGCACGCUCUCCGGCGCUCUCUGCGCGAACUAAAGAUAGUGCAUUGUCCGGGAAUCGCGUCCUUCCCUGAGGAGGGCUUGCCACCAAACUUGGAGGUGCUCGAGGUGUCAAACUGCGAGAAUUUGUACCAGCCCAUGUCGAAGUGGGGAUUGCAGCAAGCCACAGCCUUGUGGAGAUUGGAGAUUGAUGGGAAGAUAGGGUGCCUGGAAGGGAACAGUUCGUUUCCUCCACAAGAUGAGGGAGGGUGGCAUGUGCUCCCUCCAAGCCUCACUCACCUUAAGAUUCAGGAUCAGCACACCCUGGUAACUCUAUCCUCUGGGCUGCAAAACCACCUGACUUCUCUUCAAGGUUUAUCGAUCUAUCGGUGCCCGAAGCUCAAAUGCUUGCCGCGCGAAGGAUUCCCUGCCUCUCUUGGUUCACUUUACAUCGAAGGGUGCACAGAAAUUCUCAAAAAGAGGUGCAACCCACUCAUUGAUGGCAUCCCGGCUCGUUCACAGACCGGGAAUGAUAUUAUAGACAAAACUAGACCCUCAAUUUCGAUUUUGAUAAACUGCAGUUUUCUUCUGAACGUCCGAGCAUUGCGUUCCAUCCACAUGGCACAUGCAUGGUAUAUCCAUCUGAACCUCUUUGAGUCAAGUGCUCUACGCGGAAAGCCCGAAGCGCAAGCAAACUCUGAUGUCCAAUCAUCGACCUUUCUGGUAACUCCCUUCAUGCACAUAAUUAAGCUCAUCCAAACUACUUUUGUAGGCAUGAAUGCUGAUGCUAGAGGGCGAAAGUGGACCGGGAAGUUGUUUGUUAUCCUAAAAAGAAAGGACAGUGGUUUGGGUGUUAGAGACAUCAGAGUCUGGAACAAAGCUUGCAUAUUGAGAUUCAUCUGGAUGCUAGUCAAGGAGGCAGAAUCUCUUUGGAUUGCUUGGGUUGUUGCCUACUUGAUCAAAGGGUUGAAGAACUCGUGGACAGUCAUUUCAUGCUCAGAGAAACAAGUUCUUCAGAGUCGAAUUGGAAGAGUUCUCCGCUUUUCGGCACCGGAUUUUCUUCAUUCAUUCGGUUUCCAUUACCAGAGUCUCCACCAGGCUGCUAUCAGAUGGCCUAUAAGUUCGUCUUUCCUUUAUGGGCACCUGACUCUGAACACGGUGAAGCUCAAUGUUCAUGAGUGUGACCAAAUCCAGUCGGAUGCAACCAGAAGGAUCUUCUACAACAUCUACGAAUUCCAGAAGGCUUCUCGAUCCUGUCAGAUCCUGGUCACAGCUGAUCCAAGUCUAGAACGCAAGUUUGGAGAUGUAGAGGGUGAUAGAUCCGACUCGAUGUUGCUGUAG